AUGGCGGACAAUGAAGACCAAUCGUAUGGAGUUCAAGUAUAUGUGUAUGACUUAUCUAAUGGAUUAGCAGCCGUAUACUCGCCAAUGAUUCUUGGAAUCAACCUAGAUGCCAUCUACCACACCUCGGUGGUGAUAUACAACAAGGAGCAUUACAUAGACCAGGGGAUAAAAGUCAAUAGUCCGCCCGGAUACACCAAGUAUGGUACUCCGAUCGAGAUUAUCGAUAUGGGAGACACUUUUAUAAAUGAAGAAAUCUUUCAAGAAUUCUUAGAUGAGCUCAGAAAUCACGAUAAAUUGAAAUAUCAUGCAAUAAACUACGACUUGUUUGACAAUAACUGCAACCAUUUCACUGAUGUUUUGUUGGAUUUUUUGGUGGGCAAGAACUUGGACGACCGGAUCUUAAAGUUACCACAGCAGGUAUUGGGAACGCCGAGUGGACAGAUGUUGAGGCAGAUGAUCGGAGCCGGAGGAAUGUAUAGAUAG